CUUGAUCACAACCACAGGUUCAAAGCUUUUGUGGUUGUUGAUCUCUUCCCUUGGGAAUAGGGCGUGGUGGCGGAAGUAUAUCAAACUUCUCAAGAAUAAGUGUCUCCUCGAAAAUUCGGAACUGUGACGCAAAAUAAAACUGAAUUCUCCAGCUUUACAUGAAGUUCUGUUGUAAUCAAACUAAUGAGUUCCGGAUUUACAUACAAACAAAACGAGAUAAAAAAAACCCUAAUCAAAUAUCAAGCUUUUAAUAACAAAAUCUAACUUUUGGUAAAUGUAAGUUCGCACCAAUCUACGUAUGCAAAUACAUUUUUAAGGUCGUAUGGAGUAUGCAUUAAAUUAUAUCAGUUCAUUUGCUUUUGGAUUAUCACUUUCAUUCAUUCUAUUGUUAUGUUUCUGUUGGAAUAAAAAACAAAGUUUAACUCAAAAAAGACACAAUCCUAGUACUGACAACAGUGUUACUUCCUGCCAAAAAAUCACUUACAAUCACCAUAAAUCUUUCACAGUUAGACUCAUUCGACCGCAUAAAUGUGCACUUAAUACUGUUGCCAAUACUACCACUACUACUGCUGAAACUAAAACUAUCACUACCACCAAGGUUAACAUCAAUCAUGAUACCACCAAUCAUGUAUUAAUUAAAAAUUCUAAUUUAUUCGUCAAUGAAGAUGAUUUGGCGUAUGCUACCACAAUUGGACUAAAUACAAAUAUGAAUAGUACGGAUAUUAUAUCUCCUAGUAGUUAUCCAUUACUACAUCAAGACAGUAAUACACAUAGGAAUUGUGAACUUCCACCAGUACCGACAUACUUCGAUGCGGCAUUUACUGAGAAUAAACAAAUUAAAAUUGAUCAUCAUCAAACUCAUGUUGAUCAUGCACCAUUACCAGAAGAUAACAUGGAUCAAUUAACAUGUUAUUAUUAUUCAAUCCCAACAGUGAAACAACUAGUUAGUAAUAAGCAUCAUUUAUAUGAUGUUACCAUCCCUAAAUUAUUACAAUCAAUUAAAAAAAAUUCAUUAACAGGAGUUUCUGAUACAAACAAUCGAUGUUAUUCACUAUGUGAUGAUGAUGCUGAUGAUCCAACAUCGGAUUCUGAUGGGUUGUAUGCGAGUGUAAGUCAUCCUCCAUUUCCCUCUUCUACGAUUAGUAACAAUUUUGUUACACAAGAAACACUUCAAGACAUGGAAACAAUAGUUAAUGUAAAUAUUACUCCGACUACUACUACUAAUAGUAAUUCAAUGCAUACUAAUAAAAACAUGACUGGAAAUAGACGUGAUCCCUGUCAAUCACAUUAUUCUCAAUUAAAAGACGAAUGUAACAUGGGUAAUAAUAAUAGUAGUAUUAAUGAAAAGAAGCGGGACGGUAAUACAAAAAAUCAGUACCAUGGUGUUACUACAGUCACCACGACCGCUACUAAUGCCGGUGUUACAUUUCAAUUUCCAAAAUUCUCUUCAAAGAUUUCAAAUGAUAAUAAUAAUGAUAAUUAUAACAGUAAUAAAAUUAUUGAUAACUGUCAACUAUCUAAUCAACCGACUUGUCAUAAUCAUACAAAGAUUAGAAAUUGUUACCAAUGUUCCACAACACCUUGUGUUCAUCUGUAUGCUCAAGUUACACCGUGUACAAGAACGCAACAGUCUACUCUCGCUGACUCAGAAAUGAAAUCUAAUAAUAAUAAUAGUGUCUAUAGUUCAAAUUAUAUACGACCACCGAUCCCAGUCAGAGGUUAUGAUCAAACAGAUAUUGACUUAGUGAAUCAAAUAAGAAUCUCAUCUCGUCAAUUGGAUGUUACAACACCAGAUCAAUCAAUUGAUCAUCAUGAUGUUGAAUCACGUAGAGUUCUUACAGAAACAAAUUAUCGUCGUAUAAAUAUAUGUGAAUCGUUGGCUAAUUUACGUUCACCAUUAUUAUGCAAUAGUACAAAACAUAAUUAUCAUCAAUGUUUUGAUGAUUCCGAUACUAAUCAAGAAUCUUCCGAAUACGAACGUAUUUAUUCGAUUACUUCCACGGAAUCGACGGCAAGAAAUAUUGUUCAAUUAGUUUCAACUGAAAAACAAAAUAAUGAAACAACCAUCUCACAUGAUAACAAUAAGCUAGAAAAUUCUUAUACAGAAAUAUCAAGUUCCAUUGAUGAUUUAGCUACUUAUUCUCAAGUGUAUUAUUCCACAGCGUGUGGAUCAAUUGAUUUUCCUAUUGUAAAAACAACUGAAUCAUUCAAUAUGCACAAUUCUUCAUGUUCUCCAACAGUCUUCCAUUCCAAUUCACCAGACCAAAAUACUGAUAAUAAAUCUUAUCUUUAUGGUGAUGAUGUAAUCAUUAAAGAGUCUUGUCAACAUAAUGAUUACAAUACAAGUAAUCAUACUAGUUUAAAUGAUAAAAAUCAACCUAUUUUAAUUAGUAAUCAGUCAUUAACUCCAUCGCUAUUAUCGGAAACAGUAGUUUAUAGUGUAACGGAAUUGCAUCCAUCUAUAUCAUCUAAUCUAAAUGAUAAAAUGUUAGCUGAAAUUCAAGCUUUUCGUCAUAUGGAUAGUGAAUUGGAUCUUACUCAAUCUACCAAAUAUUUUAUGGCGAAUAAUUCACAAACUGAAACACGUCGUUUAUCAGAUUCAUUCAUGAAUGAAAGUGAAGAGGAACAGAAGACUACGGGUGGCACAUUACAAGUUGUAACACAGUCAUUAUAUAACCAAAAUCAACGUGAAGACACUGGACUAAUGACUCCAUUAAUGGAACGUUCAACAGAAGAUUGUUCACGACUGUCAACAAUUCAUCGAACUUAUUCAAAAGCGAUUAAAUGUGAUGGUCAAUCGUCUUCAUCAUUAUCACACUCAACAAUUUUAUCACCAUCUUCUUUAUCAUUAUGUAAUAAAUCAAUUAAAUCACCGGCAAAUUAUUCAAUAUCUGAUUUCCCUUCUUCUGCACCUCCCAUUGUUGUAACAGUCAGUGGUAAUUGUAGUGUUGCUCCAUUUGCACGUGCUGAAUUCUCUUUCAUCUCUGAUCCUUCAGCCUAUGAUGAUAUUGACAAUCUUUAAUUGAUAUAUACAACUACUAUAAUGUAUUACUCUAAUAGCACCAUCACCAUUACUACUAAGUUGUAAUAAUAAGAGUAGUAUAUGUGUCAUUAAUCGAAAUCUUUUGAAAGACAUUUCUAUUUUAUUGUAAAUAAUCACCUUUAUUUAUAUUUUCACAAUCAAUCAAUCAGACCUUCAUUUCACAAUAGUUCCACAAGAAUGUUGAUCGCAUUUAAAUUGAAAGAAAAGAUUGUUUGUUUAUUUAUUUAUAAAACACAAUUCUACUUUUUAUAAAAAAUUGAACUUUACCCUGAUUUUUCAAAGAAAAAAUAAACAAACAACUAGUUUACUCAUUUAGUUAUCAGUUAGAUAAUUUUACGAUUAAGCAAGGAAGCUAGUUUGUGUGUAUGUGUGUGUGUGUGUGUCUGUGCUUUUUUUUGGAUGGGAGGGGGACAGGAGGGUCCUCUCAUUCAAAUAUCUUCUAACAAUUAAUAAUCUAAUUAUCAGUUGUUGUUUUUUUCUUUGUAAAAUGAGAAUGAUUUAACUAUCGAAUAUAAUCCAAUAAAUUGUGAUCAUUAGAUCGUCACAUUAAGUGAAUUCAACGUUAUUUAAUUAAGAUAAAUGUGUUGGUUAUUCUUACCGGUGAUAAUCUUUUAAGCAAUGAACUUUGUCAGAUUUGAUAUCUAUGAUAUAGAAGAUAAGGAAGUUCUGCUUUUAUCACUGCCUCUCUCUCUCUCUCUCUCGUUCCGAACAUUCCUAUGUAUACUGUUGCUGUGAGUUGGAUUUGUUUACGUAUAUACAUAUUCAUUCACAUCAAUCUUAUCUUUGUGUGUGUGUGUGUAUAUGUGUGUAUGUUGUCACGCAUUUGCUUAUUUUCAUAAUAACAUUUUGUUAUCUUUAGCAUCAUUAAUAAUUUUCUGUUUACUUAUUUACCGGAGAUUUUAUUCUUUCUAUUCAUAUUGUCCCCGUGUGGAUAACUGAUUCGAAUUAUCUCUACAAUAUAGUUUUUUUUCUUUUAUAACUGUUAUCCAUUACUUACUUAAUAGUGUUGUUAGUAGUGAAGUUUUCUUAUUCGGUUUCAUAUCAUGUGUUUGUUCCAUUCUUGGCUUUAUCCUACUUAAGAAUGAUUUCAAUAUCUUAAUAAUUUUAUUGUAUGUAUUCACAUCUUAUGGUUAACGUCUGUAUAUUUUUGUUGUCUAUCUGUAUACGUGUUAUUUGUUUGUAUUUUAAUAAUUUUUUUUUAAAUAAAAAGGCUGAUUAGUUCACAAUUGAUU